UAAUUUUAUCAUUUCUUCUGCAUAAUUUAACAUUUAAAAGUGGUUAACCACUUUCAAGUUUGAACUGAAGCCGGCUUUUAGCUCACAACACAACACUCUCUGCACGACCCUUCAUCAGCCUCACCAAAAAGUUUAAAUCUUUGCUACACUUCAAACAAAAACCAGAAGGGAUAUCCCCUUUUAGCCAUCCCUCUGAUCCCGUUUUGUCCACUUUGGACCACUCAGUAAAGUUGCAAACUCAACAUCCUCCUACCUUUAUUAAUAAUUCAAACCCCUCUUUAUGGCAUUCUUUUUCAUUUCAGUCUUAGAUGCUUCUUUUAUUGCAUUCCUUGUUAGGUUUGAAUCAAUCAAAUUCACUGCUCUGCUAACUUUUCGAACCAUUUAAAUCCUCUGCUGUACUCUCGUGUUUCUCUUAUAUCAAACCCUUUUCUUUUUCUUUUAUUCUUUGAGCCUUCUUCCAACUUCCAAACUUUUCAACCAAAUGGCAGUUGAUCUUUGCUCAGAAAACUGUGGAGUUUCUUCCUCUUCUGUGAGUCCAAGAAUCUCAUUCUCACACGAUUUUUCCCACUCUGAUGUCAUUCCUGUUGAGCAACUCCCUUUUAGAUCAAACUCCUCUGGUUUGAAUUCCGGCAUUGAUUUUGAUUUUUACGUGAGUGAGAGCUUUGAGCUGGAGUCAUCUUCGGCUGACGAGCUUUUCUCACAUGGGAGGAUCCUUCCCACUGAGGUCAAGAGAAAGAACGUUCCUGCAAAGCAAACGAGCCAAUUAGCACCAAAAAAUAACCCUCCAUUGCCUCCUCCUUAUGCUGCUCCACCUACCUGUAAAAGCUCAAAGAAAGAGAACCCAAAAGAAAGCAAGUGUUUGAACGAUGAAGUGUACGAGAAGCAAAGUUCCAAAUCCUUUUGGAUCUUCAAAAGAAGUAGCAGCUGUGGAAAUGGACACAGAAGGAGCUUUUGUCCUUUGCCGCUUCUAUCAAGAAGCAAUUCAACCGGAUCAUCAACCCCAAAUGUUAAAAGGAAUCCACUUUCAAAGGAGGGUGGUGUCAACAUUAGGCCAAAUUCACAGAAACAUUCUUCCACAAGGUUGGCUCACUCCUACGUACCAAACGGUUAUUAUCAAAAGCCUCCAUUGAAUUACAAGAGUCAUCAUGGAUCCUAUGGUAGCAGUGUUAGAGUGAAUCCUGUUCUGAAUGUUCCUCCUGCAAACCUAUUCGGUUUGGCUUCAAUCUUCUCCAGCAAUAGAGACAAGAGCAAGAGGCAGCUUUAGUGGGGUCUGUCUUCUUUUUCCAUGUACUUCUUAGGUUUACCAGUUACCAUGUGAACUAGAAAAACGAGGUAUAGGUAAAACUUUGAAUGGUGAAUGGUUUGCAUCGUGAAGACAAAGUGGUACAAAGAGAUGCGUGUGAAGGUGAUGGACAAGAAUGAUAUAAUGCAAGCACAUGUUUUGGGGCACAAAAUGACAGGUAACUGUUGUUUUCGUGCCUGUACCUUGCUUCUUGUUCUUGUUCCUCUACUUUUGUUCUUUGGACUAUGUGUAAAUACAUUGACUUUCAUUUUAGUAUCUCUUCUUCCUUUCUUA